ACAGAUACAGUGACAAGUGACACAGAUUAAUUUGUGAUUUGUGACAGUGAUAUAGACAUUUCAUGAAAAAAUUUGUAUACUCAUUUUAACAAAUUUUUAUUUAAAUUAAAGAAAAAGCUUAGUAUGGCUUCAGCAAUGGAUGUAGAUGCUGAAGAAGUUGAAAUGCCCACUUCAAGUAGUUCCAAAGGAGAAAAAAAGCGUUUUGAAGUUAAAAAGUGGAAUGCUGUGGCAUUGUGGGCAUGGGAUAUUGUCGUGGAUAAUUGUGCUAUUUGUCGUAAUCAUAUUAUGGACUUGUGUAUUGAAUGUCAAGCAAAUCAAGCUUCAGCUACCAGUGAAGAGUGUACCGUAGCUUGGGGUGUAUGUAAUGUAAGUACUUAUAAGUGA